AAAUCUGAGAAAAAUAAAUCACAGGAUGUCUCUGGGAGAACAGAUGAGAAACAACUGAUUGAUCAAAAUCACGCAAGCAUUGCAAAAUGUAUGUAAUACCAAGGAUACUAACAACCAUUGCUUUGUUUCACACGGGAUUGUGCAUGGAAAUACCUGCUCCUGUACAUCUGGUCCUGUCUUCACAAUAUUUUGUCCACUUGUUGUCCUGGAAAAUGGGGCCAGGCUCUCCUGACGGUGUCCACUAUACAGUCGGCGUGCAUGCGCUCAAGUAUUGGGGAGACUUGGUGGUGAAGGAGUGUGAAAAGGUAACAUUCCCUCUGCAAUGCAAUCUCACAGAAGCAUUUUCUGAUAUGGAGGACACCUAUUACGUCCACGUGACUGCUGCUCUGGGCAACCUCACCUCGACACCUUCUUUCUGCAACCCAUUCAAACCCAUUUAUAAUACCACCUAUGAACCUCCGCUGCUGACAGUAACUGCGUGUAAUCAGUCUCUCUGUAUAUAUCUCAGAGCACCUGCUGAGAACCUCCACCACGUCUACAAUUCAUUCAAGUCUUACUAUAGAUUGACAGUCAGCAGUGAAGAUAGAGCAGAGUUUUACGUGGAUACUGAAGGGUUAAAUAAUGUGACCCUCAAGGACCUGGCCCCUGGCCGAAGGUACUGUGUGAAUGUCAGCAUCACUGAUCACAGCCCACCCAACAGACCAGCAGUAUGUGCCUCCGCUCCCGAAAGAUCAAAUGUUUCAGAUGUCAUUAUCUCUGUUAUCCUGUGUCUGCUGAUGGUGCUGUUAGUGAUGUGCACACCAAGAUAUGUUUAUUGCCGUUUCUGUGUAAAAAGAGAUCUUCCUCCAGCUCUGAGUUCAUUUCAGAGUACAGAUAAAGUUAUUCUCGUCACUGCUGAUGAAUCUAUUAAUGAGGUCCAUGAGGAGAGCAGCGCCAUUGAAAAGAUAAAAACAAACAAAGAGGAAAAUAACCUGAAGGAAGAGACAGAGGAGGUUUUGAAACAUGAGACACUAAUGGCACACUAUCUGAACACUCGAGGUUCCCUGCUCUGUUUUCCAACGUCAUUUAGCUCUGUUUUGCUUAUUAAUCAAACUCCAGAUACAAGCCUCGCACCUUCCACAGAUGCUCAGAGUGGUAGUCUGAUUGUGUUUGAAGGCAGUCAAAUCCAUACUGAACAAACAGCUUCGGCUAGGUUCCCUAAAGGAGUCAGCGCACUUCAGAAUUUCAGUUCUGUUUUCACACACAUGGGCGAUGAAGACCAAGAGAGCAGUACAGAUGUUAACCUGUUUUCUGUGAUGUUAGGCGGAGUUUCUGAUAAAAACUGCAACACUGAGGAUGUGCAGGUAUCAUGUCCUCAGCAUCUGUUACAGACUUGUGCUACAUCUACCUGGAUUUGUGAUUCACAGUCCCAAAACCCUCAAAAGUCCGUUCAAAUUAACGUUUCAGAGGAAGAAGAUGAUGACGAUUCAGGGUACUUAAGUCGAAAUUAGAUUCCUCAAGAAAUUGUUGGGUCUGGAUGCCCCUUUACAGUUCUUUACCGCCGAAGUCACUCUUGUUAAAAUAAAGACACGACAAUUUGUUCAAUUUAAGAGCUUGCAAGUGGCGUCUUCAGUUGCAAGCGGGAGCAAAACGGUCCAGUCUGCCUUGGUUUGCAUCUGAAAGCCCCACCAGAAAACCUCCUUUUUAUUGUGAAAAGAUAAGAAAACACACCAUGUUACAAAGUGGAGCAAGGUUGAGUUCUGAGAUUAAGACUGUCUUCCCAAAACUUGCGAGAAAGCGGCCUUGGUACGCGAUAAGCAGGAACUGAGUCCAAGAUAUGAGAGAACAAGCAAUCCUUGAAGAUAUGCACACACAUCUGCUCUGGAAAUUUCCAUCAUGCAGUCACUUAAUGUCAACAUUAAGUUAUAGAAAAUCAUGUUUCAUCUAACAGAAAUGAACAGUCUUUUACAUCAGUUGAGACUGAGAAUAGAUAUGGCAAUCUUAAAGCACACACAAAGCAUUCUGAGAUGUAUACUUUUUUUUGUAUUUUAAGUGUUAUUAUUAUUGUCUUUUCAAUAUGCAUUUCAGUCUGAUGGAGAUCAUGGCAUACCAAUAUGUAUUACUCUUAUUUGUCUGGAUAAGGAACAAGUGUUUAUUGGCAGACACCAUGGGCCAGGCAGGAUUGGGUAGUGGAGAAGGGUGCAAUUGCAAAACUAUUUUUCAUCUAAUGAAUAUUGAGAAUAGUGAGUUACUUACUAUAAAGAAUAUAAAUGUAUAUAAAUGUGCUGAAAUUUAAUUUCCUAAUAGUAAGAAAUAAACCAGGGAGGUUUCUAUUUCUAGUAUUACUGUUACAUUCUAAUUUAAUUUUGCAAUGGGUCUCUUUAUUAAAGCAUUAAGUACACAGUU